AUGGCCACUCAACUCAACCCAAAGGACGCCGAGUAUCGUUUGCCCACCAAUGUGCGGCCUACGCACUACGAUCUUACAGUUCGGACCGACUUGGAGAAGGAGACUUUCCAAGGCGUUGUCAAAGUCAGCUUGGAUGUUAAGAAGGAGACCUCGAGCAUAACCUUCAACACUGCGGAACUCGACUUGACCGACGCAUCCAUCUCCUCUGAUGCAACUGGUACUCGGCAAUCAUACACCUCGAAAUCUUUCAAUACCGAACGCGAGGAAGGUACUUUGGUGUUCCCAAAUGCCCUCCCGGCAGGAUCCGUAGCAGAACUUUCUAUCGCAUUCUCGGGCAAGCUAACGGGAUCCAUGAUGGGUUAUUACAAGUCGGCAUUUGCGGAGGACGGAAAGCAGAGCAUCUACACUUUGACUCAGUUUGAGCCUACUGCCGCUCGCAAAGCGUUCCCGUGCUGGGACGAACCGGCUCUCAAGGCAACAUUUGCGGUCUCUUUGAUCUCUCGUGCCCACCUCGUCAAUCUCGGCAACAUGUCUGCAAGACUGGAAGAACCUUACAAUCCCAACAAGAAUGAGGAUCCUGACCUCGCAAAGCUCUUCUCAUCUCUUUCCGUGGAGGACCAGCAGCCGAAGGAUGAGUGGAAGAUAACCCGUUUCCACACGACACCUCUCAUGUCAACCUACAUUGUUGCGUACGCCAAUGGUCCCUUCAAGUACAUCGAAGGAUCUUACACGAGCCCUCUGAGCGGCAAGAAGCGUCCGUUGCGUGUGUACACGACUCCGGAGGUCCUUCAUCAAGCCAAGCAUACGCUCGAAAUAUCGGAGAAAGUCAUGCCAAUCUACGAGAAGGUCUUUGAUAUCGAGUAUCCUCUACCGAAGCUCGACACUCUGGUCGCUCACGACUUCGACGCUGGUGCUAUGGAAAACUGGGGUCUUAUCACGGGGCGCACCAGUGCCUUCCUCAUGGACCCGGAAAAGGUCCAGAUGAGUAUGCUCAAGCGGAUCACAACCUUCCAAUCGCAUGAAAUUGCUCACAUGUGGUUCGGUAACAUCACGACCAUGGAAUGGUGGGAUAACCUUUACCUGAACGAAGGAUUUGCGACUCUGAUGGGAGAGUAUAUCAUCGUCGGUGCGUUGUACCCUGAAUGGAAGGUCGACGCUGAGUUCAUCAGCGACAACCUCAACGACGCACUUAAUCUCGAUGCGAAACUUUCUUCCCAUCCCGUCGAAGUUCCUUGCCCAGAUGCUAACCAGAUCUUCGACUCCUUAUCCUACGCCAAGGCUGCCUCUGUUUUACGCAUGCUGUCCAACUAUGUCGGCCAAGAACGAUUCAUCAAGGGUGUAUCUCUUUACCUCAAGAAACACUUGUAUUCGAACACGGUCACGAAAGAUCUUUGGGAGGGGAUCGAAGAGGCGACAGACGCGGGCGUUCCGAAGAUGAUGGACCACUGGAUUUCUAAGAUCGGCUUCCCAGUCGUCACCGUUACGGAGACCAGGGACGGAAUCACUGUUCGUCAGGAUCGAUUCCUUGAGACAGGACACGCCGAACCUCAGGAUAACGAAACCUUGUGGACCAUUCCUUUGUGCCUGCUUACUGUCGACGAAGCCGGCAAACCUCAGAUUGACAAGAGCCUCAUUCUUGACACCCGCGAGAAAACUAUCGCUCUCGACACCUCGAAGCCGUACAAGCUUAACGCAGGGACCAAUGGUGUUUAUCGUGUCUUAUAUCCUGAUGAACGCCUCACAAGAAUCACCAAUGAGGCGGCCAAGGGCGAAGAAGUCUUCUCGUUGAACGAUCGCAUCGGACUCGUUCACGAUGUAUUCGCCCUGUCUAAGGCGGGCUUCAUGGAUCUGAGUGGUGCUCUGAACGCUGUCAACAUCCUGCACGAUGAGAAGGAUUACCUCGUUUGGGAUACCAUUGCAUCAAAUCUCUCUCUGCUGUACUCGACAUGGUGGGAGAACCCGAAGGUCACAACGACUCUGAAUGAGUUCCGUGCAUUUUUGUUCAAGCCUGUCGUUGAACGGCUCGGAUACGACAAUGCACCCAACGACGAUCCUAACACUAUUCAGUUACGUAGUAAAGCUGUCGAACAGGCUUCGCGUGCUGGCGAACCUUCGGCUGUGAAGGAACUGCAAAAGCGUUUUGCGCAGUACAUGAACACCGGUGACGACUCGCACAUCUCUCCCGACAUCAUGCGCUCUACACUCUUUACUGGUGUGCGUUAUGGUGGGCGAAAAGAGUUUGAGUUCACCAAGAAAAUCAUCGAGGGUACCACGACCCCACCUGCCACGAGUAUUUCGGCAAUGUUGGCUCUUUGUCAGACACAGGAUCCCGAGCUCAUCAAGGAGGUUUUCUCGUAUAUCCUCAACAAAACUCGAACCCAGAACCUGAUCUACAUGUUUAUGGGCCUUCAAUCUAAUUUGUCCACGAGACGUCAGGCUGCUGAGUUCUUCAAGCAGAACUUUGAUGAGAUGGAAAAACGAUACGCCGAUACCUUCGGGUUGGCAGGAGCAGUCACGGCCAACUUUAAUCACCUGACGAAGGACGAGGACUACAAAGUGGUCGAGGAAUUCUUUAAGGACAAGGAUCGGUCGAAAUAUCACAUGGCUUAUGGUCAACUCUUAGAUUCGCUGCGUGCAUCUAACGCUUGGAUCAAGCGUUCAACCACCGAUAUUGAGCAAUGGCUCGAUAGCUGGAGUGCAAGAUCUAAAUUAUAA